GCUGCCGACCCCCCUCCUCCCCACUCCCCCCGCUCGGGGAGCCUCCUCAGCCGGAGGAGGCGACAACAAAGCGGCGGCGGCGGCGGCGGCGGCAGCGGCAGCGGCGGCUCCUCAACAUGGCAGCGCCGAGCGCGGCCACUUCCGGUAACCUCCGGGACGCACCACCGCGGCGGCGAGCGCGGGCGGGGGGGGAGCCCCGGCCCGGCCGCCGCCGCCCCCAGUUGCCCCGACCCCCUCUGGGCGUCCCCGCUGCCGGCUCGCUGCCUGGGAGCUCAGCCAGUGCCUGCCGGCGGUGGGGUCAGGGCCCCAGCGGGGGGGCUGGGGUGGGGCCGGGGGCGGGGAUGGGGCGCGGCGUCCCCCCCCGCGGGGGUGUGUGGUGCUGCGGUCCGUGGCUCAGGCAGCUGGAGCAGGGGGAGCUCAGGAGAGAAGAUGGAGGACGCCAGGGUCUGGCGCUGGCCCACUGGGCACAGCUGGGCCGCCUCCCGUGACUCAGACACUGUGCCCAGCAGCAUCUCAUCCCUCUCAGACCCUCCGCGGAGGGCACAGGCUACGGCAAACACCUGGCAUUUCACGGCCCCCCACCUCUAAAUUGGAGGAAGCCCCUUCUACUUCCAGUCUUUCCCUUUUGGCAUUUCAUCCUGGGCUGGCUAAGUCCUACACACUCUGAUAUACAUCUCCCUCUUGAGUAGCCUUCCAACUCAAGCAGGGAAUCCCACUGGGAUGUUGCCUCAGAUCCUCCCAGUGUCGAGGGAAACACUUCCCACGCGCAGAGAUGUCAUUACUGGGUUACACUUGGGUAAAGGGCUGAGCUUCCCCAUCCUCCCCUUCGCUCCAGAUAGAAUGUUAAAUUAUACCCUAACACCCCUCCUCUCCCGCCAAAAAUAAUAACAAGCAAGAAAGUAUAGACUAAUUAUUUUAGUCCUUUAGUACAGUCGGUUUCCUUUUUCACCCCCCCCCCCCCAAUUCCAGAACAAAAAUCGAACUUCUGGUUGGACAGCGUCAGGAGAUGUCACGGAGGUGACCUCAGCCUCUUUGCAGUUCCAAGUCUUCCAUGUAGGCGUCACUGCUGCUGGAACUUUGUAAAUGAGGAGCCUGUAUGAUGAUGUCCUGAACCGUUUUCUAUCCUUUCCUCACAUAGAGGUAGCUACUGGGAAUAUCAGAGACAAGCUAUUAUUAAAUGUUUCCAGUCCAAGAAGUCUCCUGCUGUAGGGAGAUGAGAGGGCAGGCUAUAUAUUACUGAUAUUUUAAUAAACUCUAGUUUUAAAAAAAUUCCUCAGAUGGACACAUUUAUUUCAAGAUUUCAAAAUCUUUCAAAACCAACUGACUCACAUCUCACCCCAUUUAUUCCCCUCCAGACACUUCUAAUAGUUACCAUCUCCAACUUUCCCCAAACAUACACAAUAAAAAGAAUAUGGCUCCAGAAUUCUAUGGUAACAGAAACCAAAGAGAUAGGUAAUUUGACAGUCUGUUUCCUUUCCACUACUACAAAAGUAUACCCCCUCCCACUCUUUCCUCAUUCUCAGUCACCAGAAUGAAGGGCCUGAAAACGUUGGUGUGGUUCCUUUUAGAGCUGUUUCCCCAUUGGAUACUGCCUGGAGGCCUUGGGGAUGAAUGAGAAGUUCUGCAGUUUGGAUCGGUAGGAGAAGCAGGUUACACACCAGGCAACUGGUCAGCCUAAGACAGGAGGGGACAGAAAAUGAUGAAGAGUUUCUGAUACAUUCAGUAGCCAAACUGCUACAGUGGCCCCCAUGUCUCCUAUAAGGUCCAUAAAUCUCUCUCGGCAAGAAAAAUGGUUCAGGAAGCCUAAGUUUAUACAUGUGCCAAGAUAACUUGCUCUGUCCUCAGACACUGUAUGUCCUUUUAUUUUUAUUCAGUGCAUAGCAAAUUUGUGCUUCUUCCCUGCCUUAACACAUUCACUUAAAGGUCUCUGUAAUGCAGCUCCUCAGUUCUCCUCCUCUGCAUAGCCUCUGCUCCUUUAGCUGCUGCCUUUCAUAUUGUGGCGAAAAGGAAGCUUCAGGAUUAUAAAAACCAGUACUUAAUGAAGACCAUUAUUCUAAUGACAAUAUUGCUGGACUGUGCUGAA